AUGGAAUCUGCGAAGAAAUCUUUGAACGACCCCAACCCUUCUGCGAAUCAGGUUGAGAACAUUGCAGAGGAUGGAUUCGAAAAGUCUGAUCCAGCAUUCGAAGCGGCUACCAAAGGCCAAGUUACCACUGGGUACGAGGAGUUAGGCGCUUUCGAAACUAUCAAGACUUUCAAGCUUUGCACACUCGUGUGCUUUGCCAUGGCCUUCAGUGCGGCAACUGAUGGGUACCAAAUCGGAAUCAAUGCCAGUGUUAUUGCCAAUACCGGCUUUGUUUCACGCUUUGCCACCACUGUCGGCAAGAACGGAAAACCUGCACUUGCAUCGCCUAUUCUCAGUGGCUGGAGUUCGAUUAUGUCCUGUGGCCAGAUCGUGGGCAUGACCACUUUGCCAUUUCUCUCGAGUAGAUAUGGAAGGAAGGUUGCGAUGUUUACCUACUGGGUCAUCUUAGUCGGCAGCGUGCUCACCGAGUGUCUCGCGAGAUCAUGGCAAGGAUGGUUGGUCGCCAAGCUCCUUGCAGGAAUUGGAGUCGGAUGCCUGCAAUCAACUGUCCCAACAUACAUCUCUGAGGUUGCGCCAACUCGAAUCCGUGGAGGCCUGUUGAUGUGUUAUAGCUUCUGGUGGACACUGGGGUCAUUCUUUGCACAAGUGGCUCUUCAACACCUCUCGAAAGAUAACCCGACCAACUAUCUGACACCCAUAUACACCCAGUGGGCCCAGAUCGGGAUCAUGCUUCUAAUCUACAUCUUUGUUCCGGAAUCUCCAGCCUGGUGCGUUAAUGCCGGGAAGCAUGAUCGAGCUAAGAAGCAACUUCUGGCUCUCAACCGCGGCGUGCCAAAUUAUGACUUGGAUCGACAAUUCCAAGCUUUGGUCAUGGCCGUGGAGCACGAACGUGAAGUUGCAGCUGAGCAACGACGCGAGAAGUGGUAUGGAAUUUUUCAGGGUACCAAUGGCCUGCGCACUGUUGUCUCUUGCUGGACCAAUCUCACCCAGCAGUUGAUUGGUCUGAGUCUCUUCGGAACAUUUGGGACAUACUUCUUUCAACAGGCUGGGUUAGCGGAUCCUUUCAAGAUCAAAGUCAUCACCAACUCAAUUCAGAUCGCUACUGUGAUUGUCAUAAUCGCUGUUGCCGAUCGCCUGGGUAGGAGACUGCUGGCUUGCUCGGGAACCACGCUCUGCUGGGUAUCUUGUGUAGCCAUCGGCAUUAUUGGAGUUUGCCCCCAGGUGAAGGCUUCGACCUAUAUCUUUAUUUUCUUUGCUUGCUUAUGGAACGCAGGUCUGGCCACCAAUGGUGCGACUGGUUGGGGUUAUAUAGGAGAGAUCUCGUCUCAGCGACUGAGACCAUACACCGCUGGCUUCGCAGCAGCAGUUACAUGCGUAGCUGGAGUUGUGAUGAAUGUGCUUGUUCCAUACAUGACUAACAGUAACAAAUGGAACUGGAGCUUAAAGACGGGUUGGUUCUAUGCUGGCGUUGGUCUUCCGUUCGUUGCUGGCAUGUGGCUAUUGAUUCCAGAGACUUCUGGACGAUCCGCUGCUGAGCUCGAUGAACUGUUUGAACGAAAGAUCAAGCCUUGGCGAUUCCACAAGACGGAGACAGCUACCCAGCGGCUUGUUCAGCUCAAAAAGGCCGAGGAAAACUAA